AUUCCUCCAAACCAAAUCCGCAUUAACAUCCACUCUGUACUUGACUCUUUCAUAUAUCCCUCUGUCCUUAUCUUGCGCAUCCAAGAGCUUACCCGCGUACGUUAGCCUCAUGGCCUCUUGUCGCCCGCCACCAUCAAAGCCUCUCGAUCUCGAGCUCACUAUAGUCUCCGCCAAGCACCUCAAAAAUGUCAACUGGAAAAACGGUGAUCUUAAAGCCUACGCUGUCUUCUGGGUUGAUCCGGACCGGAGGCUCGCCACAAAAUCGGACAACUCUGGGUCGACCCGACCCGUAUGGAACGAGCACUUCACCUUUCCCCUCUCCCUCCCUCUGCAGGAAUCCUAUCUCACUCUCGAGAUCUUCCACUCCAAGCCCAGCGAAACCCCAAAACCCCUCGUUGGUACUCUCCGUGUCGCUUUGAAGGACUUGCCCGACCCGGAGGACGCUAACCGGAUUCGAAAUUUUGAACUGACCCGGCCAUCUGGUCGUCCUCAAGGUAAGAUCAAGAUAAAGCUUGGUGUUCGUGAACGGCCUUUACCACCACCGCCGCAGCAACUUGAUUACCACCGCGUUCCCCCUCCACAAAGCUAUUAUUACAACACUGCCCCUAUGCCUCCACCACCUCUUCACGCGCCGCAUGAUUACAGGUAUGGGCCAACAAUCCCGCCACCCACCUCGGCGUCACCACCGCCUCCAUAUUCACCUUAUCACGAUGCAUAUGCUCCUACUCCUUACUAUCCCGGAUAUUACUCCUCUGCCCCAAGCCCACCAAUGCCGCCAAGACCGGUCUUUGAUCGGACGAGCAAUUACGGUGGACCAUCUGCGCCGAUUGAUUAUUCAUCUUACGACCAGAGACAGAAAGGAGGAAAGAUGGGGCUUGGGACGGGAUUGGCUGUGGGCGCUGUUGCUGGGGCUCUAGGCGGAUUAGCACUGGAAGAAGGAUUGAAAUAUGAAGAGGAGAAAAUUGCAGAGAGGGUCGAGAAUGACAUUGCGGGCCGCGAUGAUUAUAGUGAUUACCGUGUGGAUUAUUGAUGGGUAAACUGUUUGUUGGUUUGGUGAGGCCUUUCAAUUCGUAAACUAUGUUUGUUUGCUUCAACAUAAAAUUUGAAGUAUAUAUAAAUAUAUGUAUAUAAUGUAUGUGAAAACUUGGAUGGCCUUAAGAAGAAAGAUUGAGUGGUAGUUGAUGCUUGAGGAUCUUAUUCUAAAAGAAAAUAAAUGCUGGUUUUAUUAUUAAAUGUU